AUGUUAGAGAAGUUUCAUGGAGAAAAUCAAGCAUCUACUCUUUAUUUCCAAGAUUAUACAAAUGCUCGAAGAUCUGUAUUUGAGUGGUGGAAAAUUCUUUGGUUCUACAUAUUUCCGACUGAGUUACUGAGGAAAUUAAGAAUAGAGUGCCUUGCCAUGCAAAAUCAUAAAUUUGGCAUAUCGCCAAAAAAAUUUCUAGGUAAUGCCGCACUCUCAAGCUUUUUCAGAAUUCUGACAACAUCGAAGGAUGAAAACGGUAAGGUUUACGUUUCAACUGUUCAAGCUUAUAACUAUCCUGUAACUGACUUCCAGUGGCAUCCAGAGAAAAAUGCUUUUGAGUGGGGAUUGUCGAUGAUUCCCCAUAGUGAGGAUGCAGUGCAGGUAACUCAACAUGUUGCAACUACUUCAUCAGGUUCAAAAUUAUCCUACAAUGCUCUAUGGAAGUUUGGUGGUAGAUUUAAAGUGUAUGGAGCCCAACAACGCAAGGAACAGCCGAAGAAAACUGUCAAGUAA